GAUUCUCUUAGACUUUAUAGUGCGGUCCCUGGAACGGGGCACACGAUAUUCGGGGGGCGGUCGAGCCCUUAUAGUGUUUUUACAAGUAUGAAUUUCAGUACGCGCUUGAGUGUAGUCCUAUUGGCGUCAAUAAUCCUUAGUCCUUCGGCAUUAGCUAGAUCGAGGAGCCAACACAACGCCAAAGAGGACCCCCAAUCGGAUGAACCGAAUCAAAGCGAUAUACAAAAUCAAGAUCCCAACAACGAAAUCGACGAUUAUGAUAAAUUAGAAGAUUACGAAUACUACGAUGAAACAGAAACAAAAAGACCGACAUCGUCCGUACCGAUAUAUUCCACUACUCGUAUUCCGAUAACGACUCCUCAACCGGAAAACGAACGUCCCCGUACCCGUUACCCGGAAAGAACGACCGAAAUAUUCGUUCAACCCGAUGACGAACAUCCCACGCCCCGGAACCCCGGAGCUACGGGCACCGUAGACGUUCACGUGAUUCCCCCAACGACCGAUAAAGUUUUUUCGUGUAUCCAGGAUAAUAGAGUGUACCAGGACAAGGAUAAAUGGAAAGUAGGCGAUUGUACCGAAUGUAACUGCGUUAGAGGUAAGGUGCAAUGCGCCACUGAUGAUGUCUGCCUUCAAAACCACGCCACUCCUGUAGAAGGACCUCAAGGAGAGCACGGAGAACCUGGAGAACCGGGAAUACCUGGUGAUCCCGGAAUGCCGGGUAGUCCAGGUUAUCCGGGUAUACCAGGACCGCCGGGACCUCCGGGACCUUUACCGGAUUUAUCAGCUUUUUACCAUCAAUUAGCACAAGUUCAAGCUAGCGGCGAUAAAGGUCCGAGUUAUCCAGAACCUUUCCAAUACCUUCAAGCACAAGUCGGACCUGUGGGAUCUAGAGGACCUCCAGGACCGCCAGGUCCUGCGGGACCACAAGGUUUUCAAGGUCUCCGAGGGGAAACUGGCGAAACUGGUCCCAGUGGACCACCCGGUCCGCCUGGGCUCAGAGGACCUCCAGGACCGCCCGGAAAAGACGGUGAAAGAGGAGACGACGGCGAACCGGGAGCAGUAGGACCUCCGGGUACUACAGGACCUCGAGGUUUACCUGGUAUGCCCGGUUUACCGGGAACAAAAGGACAUCGAGGAUUUCCGGGUUUAGAUGGUAGUAAAGGAGAACAAGGAGCUUGGGGUGAGAAAGGCGUUCAAGGAGUAGCAGGUCCAAUGGGUCCCAUCGGUCCAAUGGGUCCGGCGGGUCCAAGAGGAGAAAGAGGAAGAGAAGGACCACCCGGACCGCCUGGAUUAAGAGGAAUCGACGGAAUUGCCGGCCCACCAGGUUUACCAGGUUCCAUUGGAAAACCGGGAUCUCCUGGUUUCCCCGGAAGCCCGGGAGCCAAGGGAGAUCAAGGCGGUCAAGGUCCUAAAGGAAGUCAAGGAUUUCAAGGUCCUAGAGGUGAGUCAGGUAGACCGGGUUCUCCCGGUGAAUCAGGACCGCCCGGACCUGCAGGGAAAGAUGGAUAUCCCGGUGAAAAAGGAAACACCGGAGCACCGGGGAUAAUCGGACCACCGGGUUUUCCUGGAGCAAGAGGUUCACCCGGAUUAUCCGGAAGUCCAGGUCAGCCAGGAGCUAAAGGGGCGUCAGGACUUCCCGGAGAACGAGGAUACAAAGGAGAAAGCGGUUUGAAAGGUGAAGUAGGAUCCCCCGGACCAAGAGGACUUCCCGGGCUAACAGGGCCUGAAGGUAAACGCGGUAAACGUGGUAUGAGAGGUCCGCCCGGCGCUCAAGGUCCCGUUGGAGAAAGAGGACUUACCGGAGUAAGAGGUCUUCCCGGACCGGACGGAGCGCCGGGUCCUAAAGGGCAAUCGGGUGAACGUGGUGCUAUCGGUCCCGCUGGCUCUAGAGGUCCUCAAGGUGAACCUGGUCGACAAGGAGCUCCGGGCUUACAAGGAAUUAGAGGUAUAACUGGUCGUACAGGAUCGCCCGGGAAACCUGGGUCUCCAGGAGAAAGAGGGUCGCCAGGACAAGACGGAAAACAAGGAGAACCUGGACCGCAAGGUAUUCAAGGACUUCCAGGACCUUUGGGAGCUCCAGGAGAAAGAGGAUUAGCAGGUGAACCGGGAAAAGAUGGAGAGCCCGGACCUCAAGGUCCAGCCGGUCCAAGAGGUGAUGCCGGCAAAGAUGGUAGUAUCGGACCGCAAGGACCACCUGGACCUCCUGGUAUUGACGGUGAACGUGGACCACCGGGAGUUGGCGGACCAAGAGGUUUUCAGGGACUUCCCGGAGCUAUGGGUAAUCCCGGUCAACCGGGGAAAGACGGAGAACCGGGACCUCAAGGUCCUAUAGGCGCUCCAGGACCACAAGGACAAAGAGGCGAACGAGGUUUUCCCGGUGAACGGGGACCUGCUGGUGUACAAGGUUUGCAAGGUAUCAAGGGAUCUGCAGGAGCUCAAGGCGCGGAUGGACCUCCCGGUCCUGACGGAAGACCAGGAACCAAAGGUCAUCCGGGUUUACCAGGUGCCAUAGGAUUACCCGGAUUAAGAGGACAACCGGGCCCACAAGGAGAAAAAGGAGAACACGGAUCCCCCGGACCUAUCGGACCGGAAGGUCCUCCAGGCCGUCAAGGUGAACGAGGAUUAACGGGACCGGGAGGACCGCCCGGUCCACCGGGCGAACCUGCAGCACCAGGAGAUCCGGGACCACCUGGAGUAGCAGGUGAACAAGGCGCACCAGGCGCGACGGGAGAAAGGGGUCCAUCAGGACCUCCAGGACCUCAAGGAUUUCCGGGACCGCCGGGAUUAAUAGGAUUACCUGGACUUAAAGGAGAUAGAGGAUUUACUGGUUUGAAAGGCGCUCAAGGUAAUCCAGGUCUGAUAGGUAGACCUGGUGAACCCGGACCACAAGGUCCCGUUGGUUUAACGGGAGCGAAAGGCGCUAGAGGAGAAUCUGGACCUAGAGGAGACGCUGGACUUAUGGGCCCUCCUGGGAGAGCGGGAGAGCCUGGACCAGCUGGACUUCCCGGAAGUGUCGGACCGCCAGGAGCUCAAGGACUUCCGGGUAUAAAGGGUUCGACAGGUGAUGUAGGUAGACAAGGCCUACCUGGGCCACCCGGUAUAGCAGGACUUCCGGGAUUAGAAGGAGCUAAGGGAGAAAGAGGAAAUGAAGGAUCUCCCGGUUCUAUUGGACCGAUCGGACCGCAAGGACCAGCCGGAGAAAGAGGACUACCAGGAUAUCCGGGACCACCUGGAUCCGUCGGCCCUCACGGAAUUAGAGGACCGCCGGGUGAAGUGGGCAUACCCGGUAAACCUGGAAACGAAGGUCCUCCCGGAUCACAAGGACCAACGGGUCUUCCUGGACCGCCGGGGCCCACUGGGGAUCAAGGACCCGAAGGACCUGCAGGUAAACCGGGACAACCCGGAAUUUCUGGCAGACCAGGCGACAAAGGUCCUCAAGGUUUGCCAGGAUCGCCGGGAAGUAUGGGACCACCUGGAUUACCAGGUCCAAUCGGAGCUCCAGGACCUGCCGGAUUAACUGGCGAACGAGGUCCGCGCGGGGAACAAGGUCCCCCCGGACCGGACGGUCCAAUAGGAGAGAGAGGAAAACCGGGAGCUCCAGGUCUCCAAGGAGCUAAAGGAGAUCGAGGAGAUAUAGGAUUAAUGGGACCGAAGGGACAUGCGGGAUUAAUGGGUUUACAAGGUUUACCAGGAUCACAGGGUCCACCUGGAGAACGUGGUCUACCGGGAGAAAGGGGUCUGCCAGGAAAAGACGGAGACAUCGGUCCUCGAGGACCAGCCGGAAGAGACGGAAAUACCGGACCUCCGGGUGUGAUGGGUCCUCCGGGACCCAGAGGAGAAUCCGGUAAAGACGGAAGACCAGGACUACAAGGAUCCGCUGGACCUCCUGGGCCUCCGGGACCACCAGGCGAUGGAAUUAACUACGACGCCGCUAGUUUAGCCGCUCUAUUAUCCCAAAGCCAAUACAAUCAAAAAGGACCCGAUCCGAUGAACGACCAACCGCCAAGAAUAUUCGGUAAAGAAAUGACCCAAGAAGAGACUAGAGAAUUGAUAGACAAAGCUUUCGAACAACUAAAAACGUCCUUUGAAAAAUUGAGGAAACCCAACGGACAGAAAAACUCUCCCGGUAAAACUUGCAGGGAUAUCAAAGCGGCUUAUCCCGAUUCGCAAAACGGACAAUAUUGGGUCGAUCCCAACGGCGGGGACGUCGAAGACGCGAUUCUCGUCUAUUGCAAAAUGGAGGAGGGCGCCACUUGCGUAAUGCCGAGUCCGAAACGAUCACCGGAGGUUCAUUAUCAAGGGAAAGAACCGGAAAUGUGGCUCGGCGAAAUGCGACAAGGCGUAAAGAUGACUUACAAAGCCGACAGUACCCAAAUAGCAUUCUUACAUUUACUAUCAUCGAAAGCUACACAAAACAUAACGUACCACUGUAGAAAAUCCGUCGCUUAUUUCGACGCCACGCGACAUACUUUCAGAAGAGGAAUCAAACUGUUGGCUUGGAACGACGUCGAAAUCACGCCGAAGGGAAAACUUAAAUACGAAGUACUGUCCGACGAAUGCAGGUACCGAAAAGAUGCUUGGACCGAAUCGGUAUUGGUAUACAAAACGGACAAACCGCAAAGAUUACCAAUAAUUGACGUCGGAAUUCGAGAUACCGGAGAUCGUGAUCAGUACUUUUGGAUCGACAUCGGAGAAGUGUGUUUCUCUUGAAAAAUAAAUAAUUAUAUUCGUCAGUACUUAAUUUUUGUAAGUACAAACCUGUAUGCUACGUAUUAAGGAACGAGUACCACUUUGUGUUCAUGGAAAUGUAAUUUUAAUUUCGACUAAAAUAAAUAAUUUAGUAAAUAUGUUACACAUUCUUUUUAAUCAGACGUAACAUAUGAUAUUCG